UUGCUGCGUUCUGGACGUAUCUCUGGAUUGACCGUAAAUGGAGGCUGGUCCGUCUGGGGGUCUUGGAGCCAAUGUAGUCGGGACUGCAGCUCGGGGGUCCGAAACCGCAAACGCACCUGCUCCAACCCCAAACCCAAAUAUGGAGGAGUCACCUGCCUGGGGCCUGCCCAGGAGUUUCAGGAGUGCAAUACUACACCAUGUCCAGUGGAUGGGAGCUGGUCGUGCUGGUCACCUUGGUCUAAAUGCUCAGUGACAUGCGGAGGAGGCCACUACAUGCGCACACGCACCUGUAACAACCCUCCACCUGCCUACGGAGGUGACAUCUGCCUGGGUUUGCAUACUGAAGAGGCCCUCUGCAACAUCCAACCCUGCCCUGAGAGCUGGUCUGAUUGGUCCGAAUGGUCCCCCUGUGACUCAUCAGGGUCUCAGGUUCGCCUGCGGCACUGUGACGUCCUGUUUCCCACCGGCAACCAGUGCUCAGGCAACAGCAGUGAAACUCGUGCCUGUCUACCCAUCUCCAACUUCAUCCCAGAAACGUCUGUUGCACGUUCAAGUCGGGAGGAACAAUGGUGUGGAGACUUCAAUGUGUUCCACAUGAUCGCCGUGGGUCUGAGCAGCUCCAUACUCGGCUGUCUGGUGACCCUACUGGUGUACACUUACUGUCAGAGAUACCAGCAGCAGUCCCAUGAUGCCACAGUCAUCCACCCCAUCUCUGCCGCCCCACUCAACACCAGCAUCACCAACCACAUCAACAAACUGGACAAGUACGACUCAGUUGAAGCCAUUAAGGCUUUCAAUAAGAAUAACUUGAUCCUGGAGGAAAGAAAUAAGUAUUUCAACCCUCAGCUAGCAGGAAAAACAUAUACCAACGCAUACUUCACUGACGUCAACACUUAUGACGACUUUUAAAAAUGGAUCUGUGAUUCCAAUCAUCUUCACCACAUUAACUUCAGCACCUAGUGAUUUUAUUUUUUUGCCUCUUUUUCUCCGUGGGUUACCCGGAUAAUUAAAAAAGACAUUUUACGUGGGACCAUUUUACCAUCAAAUGCCAAUAAAGCUGUACAGAACCAUUCUCACAGUUAACAAGGACAUCAUGCUCUCCAGUUGUGCGGACAUCGUUAAAUGAAAUUGAACUAUGGUGGACAAAUAAAGCAGGCGAUUUGAUUCAACCGAGAUGCUGAUAAACUCUCGCCGCAGAGAUGGCACAUGGAUGCUUUGCAUGAUCUCAUCUGAUGUGUUUUGCUUUCAUUUAUUUGCAUGGUUGGUCGCAUUCCAGUGUUAGUGGGCGGGGCCUGUGUCCUAAAUGGGUGGAGUUUCCUGUGCCGAAUCAGAAGCCCCUGUGCCUCACUGAGGACCAACGGUGGUCUCCAGUUCAUCUGCCUGCCCUAUCACUAGGUUUUGCCGCAACAGACAAACACAAUCCAUAUGUAGAUACCACAGUCUCUGAAAAAUGUGUUCAUGUAUCUUUCAAUAUGGGGCACUUGUUAGUCGAACUCUUAGUGGUGGGAAUCUGUGUUUUUGUUGUAAAAUACACUUUUCAUGACACAUAUGUCAGUGUAGCAUUUAUAGAUGAGUCUAUUCUGAAAAAGAAGUGUUUGUUUGUUUCAAAGUAACCCUGUUUAGUCAUCAAAACAUGACUUGUCAUAUUAACAUUCGUCUUUAUGUGGUGUAAGGUCUGCAAAAAAGAGAGAAUGUGAAACGCUACAGGACCUUUUUAUGUAAAACAUUGAUCAUUUGAAUAUUAUCGACAUGUUUCUAUUUGUUUAGUUGUUUAAUAGUUCAAAAUUUCAUGAGAAAACAAGUAUUAUCUGUAAAAACAAACUGCUUUCUAGCACAAAGAACUGCUUUUUCAGCUUUUAUUUUCUUUCAUUUUCAAAUAUUUGAAUGAAUUUACUUAACCAUAAACUUAACCAUUCAUCCAUUAUGGAGAGGUGCUUGGGAAUCCACUUUUUCAAUUUCUACUAAUUCUUUUCUACUUGUAAAACUUUGUUUGCUUGUUUUAUGUGCAUAAAUUAAAA